AAAUCUAGUUAAUAUAAUUUAACGAGUUAACUUGAAACAAUAACUUCCGCAUAAUGAGAGGGUCUACAAGGAAAUUAAUUCCCAUUAGUUAAAAUUACAUUGACUAGUGAACGUUAUAAUUAUUUGUGUGUGUAAUUUUAUUGAUUGUUAAUCAAUCGUUUAGCCAAAUGUUUUGUUUAAUUGUUAAAUUCACGUUGAUUGUUUUGAUAAUUGAAAGAACUGAAGGUGAACGACAGCCUUUGAUUAAAACCGAUUCUUGUAUUUACAAAGGUUCAUCUGAACAGAUUAACGGGGUGACACUUUACAGUUGGAAGGGUAUUCGAUAUGGUCAACCACCGAUCGGUAAUUUAAGGUUCAAACCACCGCAGCCAUUUAUAUGUUCAAAAGAUCAGGUGAUAGAGGCCACAAAUGCCGCUAAUAUAUGCCCUCAGGUGGUACCUGAGUCUUUGAUGAUAAAUGUGAAUCAAUUGCGAAAUGGGAUCAACAUGAGUGAAGAUUGUCUUCAAUUAAAUGUAUGGGUUCCACUUUUAUCGGAUGAACAGUUAAUUAAAUCACUUCCAUUCCGAACUCUGGUCAUAUUACCUGGAGGCAAUUACGAGGCAAAUUUGUUGAUUGAUCAAAAUUUCAAUGAUGGAUCAGUUUUAGCUGCAAGAGGAGGUAUCAUUGUGAUAACCCUUCAAUACCGACUUGGAGUUCUGGGAUUCACUUAUACCGAUAAUCCUGAAGCUCCAGGUAAUCAGGGAUUAAUGGAUCAAUCAUUGGCUCUUCAAUGGGUCAAAAGUAACAUCGCCUUUUUCGGUGGUGACCCCUCAUUGGUUACAAUUUACGGCCAAGGUUCGGGUUCAACAUCUUCCGUAAUAGUAAACAUAUUAAAUUCUGACAAUCAACCUGGAAAUCCUUUCAAUCGAUUCAUAUUAUCCUCUGGAUUUCCCGUUCAUGGUUCAUGUGAUGAUAAGGCAACGGCUUUCCAAAGGUUCAUUUGGUUCACCGAAGAGGUUGGUUGCCGACCACCUUCAUCUUAUAGCAUUGAGACCAGUUUCAUUUUAACUUGUCUUCGAUCUCUACCUUUGGAAUCAAUUUUAAAAGGUCAACUAUCGCUGGGUCAACAUUUCUCCGCGGCCAGUCCAGGUCUAUUUCAAGUACCAACAAAACCAACCGCUGGUACCGAUAAUUUUAAUCGAUGUACUUUUGAUCCUAAAGAUUAUGCAUCUUCCUCAUUCUCGUAUCGUGGGUUAAAUAUCAUCAUGUUAAACAUGCAGGACGAAGGGUCCACGUACCUAUUGCCCGAACAAAGUGUCAAAGGACUCGCACCUUCCCCGACCGGAGAUGACAUUUUAAAUUACUUUAAAUUCAUUGAUAAUCAAACGUCACUUUACAUGGGAUUACAAGUGGAAUCGUUGGAAAACAUUUUGCCGCUCUAUUUUGCUGAAGUUCUUGAUGGAUAUGAAAUGGGCCUGAAAGAGGCUUUAGUCCAGUUUAUCGGUGAUCGUUUAGUUUAUUGUCCGUCCUUGUUAUCGGGUUUAGCUUUGGCUUCAUCGGGAAAUUAUGUCCAUCAAGGUUUAAUUACUUAUACAUCUUCAGAAAAUUUGAGAGACUAUAUUCCAGCCAAUUAUGGUGAUAUCUUUGAUUCAACCUACGGAACACGAACUGGCCUCGAUUAUUGGUUAAUCAUGGGAAAACCGUUCGUUGAUCCAAUGUCAAGUGAUCAAGAUAAAUGGAUGUCCAAUGAAUUGAUCAGAUUAGUUUCUGAUUUUGUUAAAACGGAGGAGAUACCAUGGCCUUCGUUAUUGCCUCUAUCCACUGGACGGGUUGUACCUUUUGAGUACGAUUUAGAUAUUAAAAAAUCGUACAGACCAUUAAGGAAAAGUGAUCGAUACUUUGAUUGUAAAUCUUGGAAACCAUUCAUUUGGCCAGCCAAUAGUUCACCGAUCAAAUCGCCUUCAUCAGGAUAUGGUUACAGUUGAAACGAUUCCUAAAACUGCCAAAAUUGAUCAAGAAGAUGAAAACAAAUUUAGGAAUUCAUAAUUAAUUAAAAGGAAACAAAAAAAACAGAAACAAA